AAAUUGGACUGUCUUCUUCAGCACAUAUUUUUCAGUUGGUACGUGAAGCGAGUGGUUGCGAUGCAUGGAAUGUGAGAUUUUUAGAGGGAAGGUUCCCUCGUUCAAAACUCGAUUUGAUCUUCUGAGCCAGUCCAUGCAGUUACUUUGCUUUCUCAGAGGGAGGAGCCACGCGAAUUCUUUCUUACCCUCUCCAGUUUUUCCCCUUCCCUCCCUGUCUUGUUUCUGGUGUCUCCCCCUCUUUCAGUUUGUCCCUUUCCUUGCUGGUUUCCCUUCCUCGCCUGUCUCUCCCUUCAUUGCUUCUCUGCGUUCUUCGCGUGUCUAUUGUCUUUUCUGACCGCCCAUAGCUGUGUGUCCCUCGUUUCCACGAUGGAGGGCGGUGUCUUGGCGGGCGAUCCGAGUGCAGAGGAUAGAGGCGAAGGAGACGAGACAGGCGAAUCGCUUUCGGCUGCUCUUCCACUCGCGUCUGAGAAGGCGAGGAGCGUCGCGGACGCGGGCGGCGAGUCUGACGAACGGAACCGUUCUGCUGUGUGUAGCAAUGAAGAUCACGUCUACGAAGGCCCGGACCUUUUUGGAACAGAGGCUUUUGACUCUGUGUGCUGUGUAGACAUCCUCGACCAGGCGUACAAGCCGGCGGUUCGGCGCAUCCUUGCUCUCUGGGGGCUUCUUUUGCUGGCGUCGACGAGUCUUCUUCUCGUCGGAUUUUUCGGUUCCUUCCGCUUUCUGCACCGCGACGGGAGCCUGGAUUUGUCCCACAAUCUCUGGAAAGAGCAUUUGUUCUGGUCAUCUGUCGUGCAGUUCAUGGUAACGGCUCUUGGCAUUGCCUUCGGCUUCAUCGCUCUCGUCAGCCACACUCAGCUGGGGAGUUCGUGCGAGGUUCACUCGUUUCAGCGCUUCUUCACAUGGUGUCUCCUGUUCCACCUUGCGGGUGCUCUCUUUUGCUUCGUUGCAGCGGUCAAACUCACCGCUGUCGAUGUUUUCUCGUCUCCCGCCUUUGCGUCUCCUCUUUCUUCCUCUCUUCUCCACCGACAUACAUCUUCUCUCGGGCUUGACGCCAACACCGCUGCAGCCUUUCGAAGCUCCCGACUCAGUCCUGAUGUUACGACUCCCGGCGCCUCUCUGCGGCGCUCGUUGGCUUUGCGAAAAGUCGAACUGGGGAGGCUCUCGCUGGGGAAGAACCGCUUCAAAGCACCUGCGUCCACUGCGGAGCCUGCUGCCUCGUCCUUGUCUUCCUUGUCUUCACCCUUUGCUCUCUCUCCACUCUCUGCAAAGCGCCCCCUUGUCUCUUUCCAGUUUUCGCCUCUGGGGCAAAACUCAGACUCGAGUGUCUUCGAGCCCUCUGGUGCUGCGGCCUCACCGCACCGCUUCGAUAGUAUAGAAGAGAGUGAGGGUCUAGGAUCUAAUGUCAAGAAUUUCACAUAUUUCCAGCGUUCGACCGAGCCUGGAGAACUACCACCUUUCUCCAAUCCCAGACGCCUUUCCGUCUUGUCUCCUUCUCUGUCUCCAUCGCGCUCCUUCAAUUCGUUCUCUCCCGCUUCCUUUGCAGAAAUAGUAGAGAGUGACGACUGGCUACGCAGCAAGGGAAGCGAACUGAAGAUUCCCUCCAGGGAAAGUCCCGUCUACCAAAAAAUGCUAUUUUCGUCUGUUACAGUCAACUACUUUGAAGCCGUUCUGCAUGCUCUCUGUUUUGUGACGACCUGGCGCCUCGCUGGGAGACUAGGGCGGCUUUUCGGACUAAAAAUGCCUAGAAUUCCCUUUUGAGUCAUUCUCACAUGCAAUGCCCUUCCGUGAAGCGCCAAGCACUCCUUCUGAGGGUAUGCAGAGCUCCUCAAAAUGCCAACGACUCUCUUCGAGAACCUUUGCACGCACAGACCCUCCUUCGAAUGCCAAGAACGAAUUCCUUUUUUCGAGGCACCCCGAGACGCCAAUCUCUUUCAGUGGAGGGUCGAGAAGGUGUGGUGUGAAGGGUCCAGGGAAAACCGAGGAGAAGAACAUGCAGAAAAUGAAGCCGACAGCACCUUGCAUGCAUUCGACAUAAAGGUUCAUCCCUGACGACACACAGGUGGAUGCACGACGUCUUUUUCUACGGCAAUUACACGAGAAAGAGCAGCGAAUUCGGUAGCCGGAUGUGUGUAUCCCUGCAAGUCCUCUAUACGAAAACGUGGGCUCGAAUUGGAGAGGUCUUCGCCCAUUUGCGGAGAAGCACCAGCGACCCUGUGUAUCAGGAGCGCGCGAAAUCUACUGAAUUUCCAAAAUCUGCUGCAGUACAUUUUUGUACAUGUGCAUGUGCAUCCUGGCAUUCAGUUCUUGUGGACAGGAUGGCAACCAACGGGGAUUCUAUCCCUUUUUUGCUUCUCAACUCUUUACACUGAAAAAUAACACAAGGGUCCCCAACGUCCGCGAAACGAAACGAGGAUUCUCUGUCAACACAUACAGGCACUGACUUCACAUAUAUAUAUAUAUAUAUAUAAAAUUAUGGAGAUACUCCAUUGUAGGCUGGAUAUUAAUGGUUAGGAGACGCACAAGUGUGAGGGGAGAAGGAAGGAGCAAGGCGAAGAGAAACGAGGCAGAGCAGGCCGAAAGAAGUGACGAAAACUCAGAGUAUCUAUGACACGUGCUCACGUCACAAAAGGUGAAGUUCUGGCGUUGUUUCCGUACCUCCACUUGGCGUUUAUCUUCUCGCGUUGUAAAGCAUGUUUUAGACACUCCGUCUCCCGGGCCUUUUUUCCGUGUCUGUCUUUGGUUGAUUCAAGCUUUCCUCAAAC